AUGUCCACCUACGCAGGCUCGUCCUCGGCACACGCUCGAGGUGAUAUUGUCUCGCAAAAUGACCAGCUCUCCCCGCAUGGGUCAAUCUCUCUAAAAAGUCCACCACGUUCUCUUGUCGAGUCACUGUCUAGUGCGGACCGUGACAAGCCCAAUACCCAUGGUGCAUCAUCGCAGAUCGAGACAUAUUCUCAAGAGCAAGCUUCCAGUCGAGCGACUAAUGCCUCCGGGUCGGCGAGCCCCGGGAUCGGUUCUCUCUCGCAAGAUCAGCAGCAGGAUCAAAAUCCGAGUCGUAGCACACCUCCCACGAGAACGUCUUUCGAUGAGAUGUAUCUGCAGACACAUCGGCUGUCGGUAACAGGUGGAGAUCUGAAUGUAGAUCGUGCAGAUGAAGAUGGGAAUGGCACGACGUGUACGAAUGACGGUGCGGAUGCGUAUUUUCAGCAGGAAAAUGGCCCUUUGUCUUCUGUCAAGAGUUUUGAUACUGGAAGAAACAAUCAGAUAAACGAUGACCAUCAAAACGGUACAAUACGUUCCGCACCAUCCUCAACACCAAUAACACCACUCCAAAGUCGACUAUCCAUCCCAUCAUCUGUAGGCCGUCACGGUGUGGGCAGCAGACAGUCAACGCCGCCCCCCACUACGAAUCACAUCCUUCAUCCGUUCGACCGUACGCGGGGUCGACAUGAAACGUCAAACACUCGAGCAGCAGGCUCGACACCCAUGACUUCUACAAAAUACGCCGCAGGGAACAGUGGCCGGGAGAGACACCGUGACGACGAUGCGACUCGGGCGAUGAGCUCCGUUGAGUCGUAUAACCGAAUAUUCGAAAGACUAGGGACGGUCGCGUUCUUCGGUGACUCGCCUUUCCUCUCUCCAUCUAUCAUCGCAUGGGCCUCCGUCUUCGGUGCCCAACGCGGCAACGUCCUCUCCCUCGCCUGGUCCGCCUCCCUCUUCAUGAGCGCCUCCGUCAUCGCCGGCUCCGCCUCCCUAAUCACCUAUUCCGACUAAAUCAACAUAGACCGGGACAUGUUCGCUCGUCGCGUUCUUCGCGCACUCGCAAUUCUAACCGCGGUGCUGGCGUUGGCUGGGAUAUGUAUGCUGUGUGUCGCGUCGUUUGAUUUGGAUAAGAUACCGGAUGAGUUGGAUGGGAGGGUGAGAGGGAGG